ACAAGUGCCGGUUCUCGGCUGCACUUUCCUCACACUGUCAGAUCGUGGGGAAAGUACUGCCGAGAUCCGGCAGUUGUCAGAGCGAGGAUCGGCACCGAUCAUCAGGGCACUGAUGAUCAGUGCCCUGAUGAUCGGUGCCCAGCAGUGCCACCCGCAAGUUCCGCCCACCUGUGCCCAGCAAUGAUCACCCACCUGUGCCCAGCAGUGCACCCACCUGUGCCCAGCAGUGCAUCCAGCUGUGCCACUCUGCAAUGUCUCACACCUGUGCCCAGAAGUGCCACCCACCUGUGCCCACCAGUGCCACCCACCUGUGCCCACCAGGGCCACCCACCUGUGCCC